AUGUCUUCAGAUAUAUCAUUUCGGUUAGAUCUGCAGGAUUUAGAUCAGCUAUCCAACUUUCUUGAAUAUUUUGCCAAUAAUAACGCCUUAAGGGUAGGAAAGCAUCAUACCGGAAGAUUGGGAGAAGAUGGAAAAGGUGCUAGAUCAAUCAGUAUUCUUAAUAGAGAAUUUGUUUCCAGUUUUGAUUCUGGCUUCAAACAGAUAUCAGGAAGAUUAUUGGAGGUUUUAAAGAGCGUAACAUCAAGAAGCGAAGAGGUGAUUCCAAAGUUCUAUUCUGUAAAGUAUGGAGCCGACGAGAGGGAGUAUGUUAUCACCAUCCCUAAUUUACAAAUUGAAGAGCAAGAGCAAGAAAUUGGCUCAAAAAUCGACUUGCCUUUUAAACGCAGAAAUAAGAAGCGAAAAAUAGAGGAAAAGAAGCCAAUUUUCAAAAACCUAGUCGUUCCAUUUCAUGAGCGAGAUAUGCAUAAACUAGUAUUGAGGAAAAAGCUCAAAUCAGAAAACUACGAUAUUAUAUCUCUAAAUUUGAAGAAUCCAGUUAAUGGGGUCUCAAUGGAUACCAAAAUUCUAAACGAAUUAAGUGUUUUCCACUUAAAACCUAAGACAAUAUCUGAAAACCCUUCGUUGGAUCUUCAGUUUCCGUCGCUCGAAUUCAUCGUCAAGUUGAACAAUGAUGCUGAUUACAUCGUCUCAUUGACUGGGAAAAUUCGAUAUUCCGUGAAUAUCAAGGAGAAUUUCGAGGGGAAGACGUUUUUCAACGCAAAUGUGAUUGCAAUUCUCAAUAAUUUGAUCCUUGGCGGCUCAAAGCAAGUCUUGCUCAAACCUUCGCCCACUUAUUAUCAAUUGGGAUACGAGUUUUUGAAUGACUGGAAUGGCGUUGCCGCCAAUAACACAUCUCCAGAAAUAUACAAGGAAUUAUAUGGUGAUUACUUAAAAAAGAAAAAUCUUUCAUUGAAGCAGAAAGUUGAUGAUAUAUUGGACAAUAUUAGAAACCCAAGCAGUAAAUUAUUUUAUAAUUUAUUAACAGAAUAUUCUUCAAGGCUAACAUUGCCUUCCAAGGUAUAUAAUUUUGCUCUUCUGUCAGUAGAAGGCACACAGUACACUACGCAUAUUGAGGAUUCCAAUGCAAAUUCGGUGGUUGUCGCGGGCUUACAGGCAAGAUUAUUCAAUUUUCAGGCAAAGACAUUAUUAUGGUGUCUUGAUAAGGAAAAUGUUGAUUACGAUUUUGAAAGUAACUGUGUGAAAAAUAGACAAUUUUUCAAUAUUGAUUUGUUGAGAAGACCUUAUAUGGAUAAAGAGGCUUCAAAUCUUUUAAAUAGAUCAGAUGAAUCCUGUUAUGCUUACAACUACAAUUACUUGUCAAGAAAAAUAGACAAGAUUAGCUUUGGAUGGAUAAGGCUUGUUCAUCGUGAUGAAGACGUAAUAGAGUAUGAUCAUCAAAUUUUAAAUAAUGAAGAUUUUUUUGAAAGUCUACUACCUUCAAACGUUUAUUGGUUCAAUAAAUACACCGGAAAUCUUAUAUCUACCACUUCUUUGAUUGACUACUUACAAAGGAACUAUGCAGGUGUUUUGCCUGAUCUUACGACUGGAAAUAUCAAUUUAGAAGGUUCAUUAGUUCUGUCUAAACCUUUUAAAUCGCAUUUUUUUGCCCAAAACUUACUAUCGGAGGAGAUGGGAUUGGGGAAAACCAUCGAACUUGUGGCCCUAGUACUAAGCAAUCAAAGAAAGGACUUCAAAAAAAUCUCUUUGAAUAAGGAAACCACCGCGAGUUUCAUUGAUGAUAGCAAUUAUGUUUUUGAUCCAAUUUUGAGAAGACAUGUUUUAAAACUGAAAACGACUCUCAUUAUUUGCCCAGAAUCAAUUUUGAACCAAUGGGUACAAGAAAUGAACAAAUUUGCUCCUUCAUUGAAAAUUUUAAAGUAUACUGGAUUCAGUAAUUUCUAUUCCAAUUUAGCUGCACUAGAAAAGAAGAGAAAAGAAAACUUAAAAAGGAAGAAAAAGAACAACAAGUUCGUUGUCAAGUUGAAACUCAAUUUCGAUAAGUUACUUCAGUGUUCCAAGGCCUCUAGUAGUGACAUUUUCUUCAAUUAUUCAUCAUUCAAAAAAAAUGAAAGCAAAAACUUAAGAUAUUUGCCCCUAGUUGGAGGCAAUGUUAAUGAUGUUGAUCUCAAGAAGUUUUCUGGUAUUUCCAAUGUUAGCGUCUCCAGAGAUACUAUUGAAAAUAACAUUUAUGAGCUUCCUGUGAUUCAUGGCUCUGAUAUAACUCUUAACAAUAAUGAUGAAGGACAAUGCACUAGCAACUGGGAGUCUUCCAAUGACACUGAAAAUAUAGCAGAAAUGUUAGAAAGAGAAUCAUUAAAGAAAAUUGAUCCUCACCAUAGGAGGAUUGCAUUUGAAUUAUCACAAUAUGACAUCAUUGUCGCUUCGUAUCAGACCAUCACUAAAGAAUUGUAUUACGCGCAAUUUAAUCCCAACAACAGGCCAAUCAGAAGUGCCACCAAAAAUGCUAACUACGCCAACGACGAUCAAAAUGAUAUUAGAAGUGAUGGUGUCAAGCUUUCGUCUAAUAGAUUAGAUUAUUCUUCUCCGUUGGUUUUUUUACAAUUUUGGAGAAUCAUUUUAGAUGAAGUGCAAAUGGUGUCAUCUCAAAUUUCGAAUGCUGCCAAAACAUGUAAAAUAUUUUCAAGAUGCCAUUCCUGGGGUAUUUCUGGGACUCCAAUCAAGAAAGACUUAAAUGACAUUAUGAGCUAUCUAUCUUUCUUGAGGAUAGAUCCUUUCAAUGAUAGUGCUGAAGUUGGGGGUAGAAAAUACAAUGAGGGUAAGGAUAACGCUUGGAGAUUACUUACAACGCAGAAUGGUGCAAUUGAAACCUCUAAUACAAAUCCACCGGGUGUUGAUUUCUUGAAGUUUAUCACAAAUAUGGCUAUCAGACAUGAUAAGACAACCGUGAAGAAUGACAUCAACUUACCGAAACAGACUAGAGUCUUGUUAACAUCGACGUUUGCACCUGUAGAACAAGAUAACUAUUCCUUAAUUUUUAAGAGGUUCUUGAGCGAAGCUGGUUUGAAUGUCAAUGGUGAACCUAUUAUUGAUGAUUGGUAUCCCAAUAUCCCAUUGAUGAGAAAAUACUUAACUAUUUUGAGGAAGACAUGUUCUUAUAUUGAUUUGCCAAAUAACUCUGUGGGUAUUAUGGGUGCUAGUGGUAUUAGUGGGGGUAAUAGCAACAGGUCAAACUACAUAACAAAAUCAAUGGAAGAUAUCUUGGAAAGGUUCCUUGAGGAAGCUAAAGGUGAGAUCGAUGACUUAGAGAAAGAAAAUGUUUCUUUGUCUAUUGAACUUGCGGAGACGUAUGAGGUACAACAUAAACCUGUGGAAUUUAACCAAUUGUUGAUCAAGAAUAUUCAAUUCAUCAAAGACAGGUUAGAAGUGUUAAAUAAAGAAGUCUCUGGACAUGGCCCAGAUACAAUUUUGAAAGUUGAAGAUUAUGAGGUUGAAAUGAGUAGUGAGAAAUCAUCGAAGACGAAAAGAGAAUACUUAAAAGAUGAUAAUUACAACGAUGAUUUAAAGUCCACUAAACGAAUCAGAUUAAGGGCGUGGACUGAACUAUUACACAAGUACUAUUUUUUUCUUGGGAACUCCCAUUUUCAAAUUGCAGAAAAAUUGGAAGAUGAAGUGAAUUUAACAGCUGAGGAAUUAUCAGCCAAGUUAUCUAUCACGGUUUCUGCUUUUAAUUUUAAAAUAGAUGGGGUUAAUCCAAAAAUUGAUUUUUUUGAUGACUUAGUUGACGAGGAAGACUUAUACAAAGAGAUUAUUAAAAAUGAAGCGCUCUGCAAAUACUUGAAGAACAAGGUUUUGGAACACAAUUAUUAUAAAAUGGCAGAAAAUAUCCGUGAUACUCUUUUGCUUGGCCAUUCCAAUUUUGCUUUAGAUAGAAUGGAAAGUCUUCGGAAACUAAUAAACUUUGAAUACAAAAUCGUCACGUCUAUAAGCCAUAAGGAAAUUGCUCCUCCGGGAUUGAAGAGUUUGCAAUACAAAGAAUUGAAGAUUUAUUAUUACAAGUUAUUUAAAGUAAUUGAUGAGUUCAAUUUCCAAACGAAAAUCUUGAACGAAUGGAUUGAAGAAAUUUCCAAAAUUUUGGCAAGUCCCUUGAUGAAGAAGCAAAAUAAUUCUGGUACAGAUGCCGACGGUGAAGAAUAUGAGAAAACUAUUAUUGAUCAAGAAAAAGCUUUCUAUAUUUUAUCGAUUCUAGAGCUUGCUUUCAGAUUUCGUGAUGCUUUGGUGAAUGGGAUUAAUGUUAGUACCUUGAAUGCCAGUGGUACAGUUGGGGUGGGGUAUUCUAUUUAUUCUGUUGAUACAGUUCUCGAACGCCCGCCAAUAUUUGAUGAAGAAAAUGAUGUUAGCAAUGUUGGGAAAAAACAGAUAAAGGACAAAGAAAAUGGUAAAAUUCUGGAGGCCCAAGAAAGCGAGGAAUUGAAGUUAUUUAAAAAAGUUUUGAAGAAAAACAUUGAGGCCAUUAAACCGUCAAUUUGUCGGCAAGAGGGUAGCAAAGAUUUAAAUCUUAAAGAUUUGGCAAAUUCAAUCAAAACAUUAGAUACUGAAAUUAGAACAAAAAGGUUGACUGAGAAAGAAAUUAAGGCAAUUGAGUAUACUAAACAGUAUUUACCAUCAUUGCAUCGUAAAGAAGCCAAAGCACAACAUGAAUUAAAGAAUAAGUAUUUGAAUCAAUUGAACUCCGUUUACAAUGCCAGAUCAAGUUAUUUCAAACAAUUACAAUCAAUUUCUGAUACUGUUGAGUCUACAAGAUUUGAAAAAUACAACAAUCUAAGAUCGAUAAAUCCGAUAGACGAUAUUAGGAGCUUGCCAGAAGAGCAAUUGCAUAAACAUAUGGAAUCGAUAAGAAAUGUGGUUAUCAAGAGAAAGAUUAGCGUCAAUCAGCAUAAAGUAUCUAAAUUAUCAAGUAGAUGCUUGUAUUUGGAUUCUUUAAGAGAUGAUAAUUCUGGGAAUGAUGGAAAUAAGAAUCCUGAAAAAGAAAAAAUGUGCAUCAUUUGUCAAAAUUCCAUCAUUAAUGGUAUUUUAUUAGAAUGUGGUCAUCAUUAUUGCAAAGAGUGUCUUGAUACAUGGAUGAAAAAAGGCAAACAUCAUAGCUGUCCAUUGUGCAAGGCUCCGAUUAAUAAGAAGACAAUUUAUGAAUUCACAUACACAAAGCAAAAUUUGGAAGUCGGAUUAAUCAAUGAUGGCCAUAGUAUCAAUAGCUUUGAAGGCGAGCAAAAUAAUUAUCUUGGCUCUCUGAAGACCAAUAAAUCUUUGUUUUACAAACAUAUCAAUGAUAAACAAUUCAAUAAAAUCAAUGAAAUGGCACUUACAUCACCCAACAAAUAUGGUGCUAAAAUUGAUACUAUUGUGAAACUUAUUUUAUGGUUAAAACUAGAGAAGAAUCCAGAAGAAGAAAAUGAUGUGCAAGUUGUAAUUUUUUCUCAGUGGGAAGAAUUUCUCAAGAUUCUAGCGUUGGCUCUACAAGACAAUAAUAUCAAGUUUUUAGGUGCCGCUCCUCGAUUCCAGAGAGGGACUGGUAGAAAAUCGCGGAAUCAGAAUCAUUCUCUCUCCAAUAAGAUUGGGGUAUCUGAUAUCAAUCGUUUCAAGUACGAUUCAACAAUCACUUGUUUUUUGCUAAAUGCUCAGCAACAAGCAGCGGGUUUGACAUUGGUAAAUGCUACCCAUGUUAUCCUUUGUGAACCUUUGGUUAACACAGCGUUAGAACUUCAAGCCAUCAAUAGAAUUCACAGAAUUGGUCAGAAAGUUGAAACUACUGUUUGGAUGUUGGGUAUUAAGAACACGGUUGAAGAAUCUAUCAUUGAUUUAUCGACAAAAAAGAGGCUUGACCAACUAUUAAAGCUUAAGGAUAACAACAUCAAAGAUAUCUCCAGUCAUUAUGCAAAUGCUUUGGAAGACGAAGUGGCGAAAAAUAGCGAUAUUGAUGAAGAGAAUGUUGAAGACAAGCAGCGUGUCAUGGAUAGUUUGGAUAUGACUGGUGCCACAGACAAAUUGAUAGACAAAGCCGGAGGAGAAUUAGUUCCUGUAGAUGAGUUGUGGGAGUCAUUUUUUACCAAAACUUGUUGA